AUGGCACUGUCGAAUGGCAAAAAAGUCGGUAUUUGUGGUGCAACUGGUGCUGUAGGUAUUGAGAUCAUUUCAGUACUGGAUGCACGCAAGUUUCCUGUGCAAGAGAUUGUACUAUUUGCUUCAUCACGUUCUGCUGGAAACAAGGUUUUAACACCCUUUGGUGAGGUGACAAUUUCACUCUUUUCAGUGGAGAAAGCAGCAAAGCUGGACUACGUUUUCUUGGCUGUAUCAGGUGAUUUUUCGCUGCAAUAUGCCAAGGAACUGUCUGUUAUACCCAAUGGUCCUGUAGUUAUUGAUAACUCUUCCGCCUUUCGUCGUGACCCAAAGAUUCCGCUUGUGAUCCCGGAAAUUAACGGCCACGUGCUUAUCCCGAAAAAUGGCAAGCCGCAACCGAAGCUUAUUGCGAACCCCAAUUGCACCACGGGUAUCGCUGCUAUGGCUCUUUGGCCGCUUCAUUGUGAGUUUGGUAUCAAGAAGCUUAUAGUCUCUACCUACCAGGCGGCCAGUGGUGCAGGUGCCGCCGGAAUGCAGGAACUAAGUGAUGGCGCCAAGUCCUUCUUGGCCAAUGAACCUGUGACUUACAAGGUAUUCUCGUAUCCUCUUCCUUUCAAUCUCAUCCCACAUAUUGACAAGUUCCAGGAAAAUGGCUACACUAAAGAGGAGAUGAAGGUUACGUGGGAGACACGCAAGAUUUUUGACGAACCUAACCUUGCUGUGAGUUGUACCGCCGCCCGUGUCCCCAUCAUGCGUGCGCACUCGGAGGCGCUCACCAUCGAAACGGUCAAGCCUGUGAACAUUGCUGUUGCUCGUGAAUUGCUGGCCAUGGCGGACGGUGUAGAUCUCGUCGAUGUGCCGGAGGAGCUAUUGUAUCCCAUGCCUAAGAAUGCCACGAAGAAGUUUAACAUUGAAGCUGGCCGUUUGCGCAAGAGUCUGGUCUUUGGUGACCACGGCCUCGAGUUGUUUGUGUCUGGUGACCAACUAUUGCGCGGUGCGGCGCUGAACGCUGUACUAAUUGCUGAGUUCCUCGAGAAUCCACGCACAACCCCACAAUUCACCAAGAAGAGGACUAUGCGCACGCUAUCAAAGAAUCAACAGCAGACUGUACUUGGCCUUGUGGCUGGUAUUGCUGUGGGUGUCGCCUCGGCGCUGGCAUUUGGCCUCUACAAGAAAAAAUAA